CAACAGCGUUCCAAUCCAACUUACAAUCGCGUAAUAUCUAUCUACUUUGAUAGGACUCAGUUUGUAUAUGUAUAUUUAUUUACUUUAUUUUAUUCUGUGGGUUAACUGGAUUGUUAAUCGUUAAUUUCAUUCAAGAUAUUUAUAACUGAAUAAAUACAUCGUGUAUCAAAUAUAAAAUAUAAUUGCGAAGGUUAAUAUCUCGAUACUUGCGUACAACAUGAAAAGGAAUGGCAGUUAUGCCAUUUUUGUAUUGCGAAUGUGAAAAUGUCAAAGUUCGUUCGUCCUUUGGAUAGUGGUGGUGGUGUUGUGUUGUUUUGUGACGAUAAAUAUUGAAUUAAAAUUGUACAUUUACGAAAAGGUGCUGUGUGAAAUGGUGAAAUAUUAUGGAGUUUCAGAUAAUGCAUAAAAUUUGGGAAUGGGGAAUAAGUAAAUAAAAACAAGAUGCUUAUAAAAGAGUACAGAAUACCUCUGCCUCUUACGGUGGAGGAAUAUCGCAUUGCACAGCUUUAUAUGAUAGCAAAAAAAAGUAGGGAAGAAAGUUCUGGUGAAGGAAGUGGUGUGGAGAUUCUUGUCAAUGAACCUUAUGAAGAUGGCCCUGGAGGUAAAGGUCAGUAUACUCAGAAAAUAUACCAUGUCGGAAGUCACUUACCUGGUUGGUUUAAAAGCUUACUUCCAAAAUCAGCCUUAACAGUUUCUGAGGAGGCUUGGAAUGCCUACCCAUAUACCAAAACAAGAUAUACAUGUCCAUUUGUUGAAAAAUUUUCAUUAGAAAUAGAGACUUACUAUUAUGCUGACAAUGGCCACCAAGAAAAUGUCUUCAAAUUAACUGGAAGUGAUUUAAAAAAUAGAAUAGUUGAUAUCAUAGAUGUUGUUAAAGAUCAGUUGUAUGGUGCAGAUUACAUAAAAGAAGAAGAUCCCAAGUUGUUUGUUUCACAAAAAUGUAAUAGAGGGCCUUUAACAGACACAUGGUUAGAUGAUUAUUGGAAAGAAGUUCGAGAUAAACCACAACCUCUUCCAAAUGGAAAGUCACUUAUGUGUGCAUACAAACUCUGCAGAGUAGAAUUUCGAUAUUGGGGUAUGCAGACAAAAUUAGAGAAAUUUAUACAUGAUGUAGCAUUGAGGAAAACUAUGUUAAGAGCUCAUCGACAGGCUUGGGCAUGGCAGGAUGAAUGGCAUGGUCUGACAAUGGAAGACAUUCGCGAAAUAGAGAGACAGACACAGUUAGCUCUUCAGAAGAAAAUGGCAGGAGAGACAAGUGAUGAGUUAGAUCUCUCUGAAGAUAAUUCGAAAUCACUUGCAGCUACAAUGAGCAGUCUAGAAAAAAAUGAAGAUGUACCAACUCCUAUGGUUACAAAAAAGAACAAUGCUGAAAAACGGAUUCAAAAACAUUUGACUCCUGAAGGUACACCACCAUCUGAACACAAAAAUUCUAAAUCAAAUCUUAGAUCAUCUUCUUCUGGUUCAAUAAAAAGUUUGCAGGCUCAAGUUGCCAACUGGCGAAUGGAAACAUUAGUUAGAGAAUCAGAAACUGAGACGGGUUCUGAAGACGAGUUUUAUGAUUGUGAAUCAUCAUUUAAUAAGUGGUCCUCAUUAUGUUCUCUUGAUGAAGCGGAUAUUGAUAUAUCUCCAACUCAAGGAGAUCAAUCUAAUGAAGAUAGUAUAUUUAAUCCUACAUUUUUGAAGAGAGUUACUUCAGAAAGGGGAUCUCGAAGAUUAGUUACUUUACAAAGUCAUCAAAGUAUAGAUGGUUGCCCUGAUACUCCAGUGCAUAGUUCUUGCCCAAUUACUGUAUUGAUAUUGGUAUUUCAUGCUGGAAGCGUUUUGGAUGCGAAUGUCGAUAUGACAGCUAAAAAAUCUGAUGUAACUACAUUCAAAGGUGCAUUUGAAUCUGUGAUGCGUCAGCAUUAUCCGACAUUGGUAGGUCAUGUUACAAUGAAAUUAGUCGCGUGUCCUUCUGUUUGCACAGAAGCCCUUGGUGUUCUCUCCACUUUAAGCCCAUAUAGUUUUGAUUGUUCUCCAUCCUCCUUGGAGACACCAUCACUAACAAAUGAUCUCAUACCUAUUGGUGCUAUACCAUUAAUUGCUACAUCCUCUCUUGAAUAUGCAGAAUCUGUAACAAAAACAAUAAAUUCCGCCAAUGCUGUAUUCAACGAAUUUAUUAAAUCUGAUGAUGGUAAAGGAUUUAAUGGUCAAGUUUGUAUUGUAGGUGAUAGUAUGGGAUCAGUGUUAGCUUAUGACGCUCUAUGUCGAACUGUACAGUAUCAAUCACGACAUGACAGUGAAAACAGUAUUUUAGAUACUGAAAUAACUAUUCCAAGUGAUCCAACUGAACACUAUUUAAAUAAAUCUCAUUUACAAGCACCAACACCUAGAAGAAGAUCUUCUUCCACUAGCGAAAAUCAUGUGAAAUUCGAAUUCGAGGUUAGUGAUUUUUUUACAUUCGGUAGUCCUCUAUCGCUUAUAUUAGCUUCAAGAAAAAUAUCUGAUGACAAAACACGUGACAUUAUUAAACCCCCUGUUCAACAGGUAUUUAAUUUAUUUCACCCUACUGAUCCAGUUGCUUCAAGGUUAGAACCCUUACUGUCUGCGAGAUUUACUAAUUUACCACCCAUAAACGUUGCUCGUUACGCCAAAUACCCAUUAGGUAAUGGUCAACCAUAUCAUUUAAUGGAAUUAAUUCAAAGUCAUCCUCAACUAUUUGGAGAUCAUUUACAAAUGCCACCGACACCAGUUUUACGUAGGCUUUCAGAAGCAUCUGUUCAAAGUACAGUUAGUGGUUUGGUGGAUAACAUUCCUUUAAUUACAAUGAAUGCCUUGCAACAAAAGUGGUGGGGUUCGAAACGAUUAGAUUAUGCUCUGUAUUGUCCAGAAGGUUUAACUAAUUUUCCCACAAAUGCUCUACCACAUUUAUUCCAUGCUAGUUAUUGGGAAAGUUCAGAUGUCAUAGCAUUCAUUCUACGUCAAAUAGGUCAUUUUGAUUUAGCCUUGUACGGUCAUUCGGAAGACAAAGAAUGCCCAAUGUUUAAGCCUGGGCAGGAAAGAGAAAAGUGGAUGAGAAAAAGAACGUCUGUAAAAUUGAAAAAUGUUGCUGCCAAUCACAGAGCAAAUGAUGUAAUCGUUAAAGAGAAUACUCCACAAACUUUCAUAGCUAGAUUUAUGUAUGGGCCUUUAGAUAUGAUAACAUUGACCGGAGAAAAGGUUGAUAUCUAUAUGAUGAAAGAUCCGCCAGCUGGUGAGUGGACAUUGAUGUCUACUGCAGUUACAGAUAAGACAGGAAGGGUUUUGUAUACAAUACCAGAAAAGCAAAGUGUAGGUUGUGGUAUAUAUCCUAUUAGGGCCGUGGUAAGAGGCGAUCAUACUAGUUGCAAUUUUCAUCUCGCUGUAGUUCCUCCACAAACGGAAUGUAUUGUUUUCAGUAUUGAUGGUUCAUUUACAGCCAGCGUUUCUGUUACUGGUCGAGAUCCAAAAGUUAGAGCUGGUGCCGUAGACGUGGUGCGUUUCUGGCAAGACUUGGGUUAUCUUAUACUUUACAUAACUGGUAGACCUGACAUGCAACAGAGAAAAGUUGUGUCUUGGUUAGCUGAACAUAACUUUCCACAUGGAUUAGUCUUUUUCUCUGACGGGUUUUCAACCGACCCAUUAGGACACAAAGCUGCACAUUUGAAUAGUCUUAUUAAUGAUCAUGGUAUAAUUUUGCAUGCGGCUUACGGUUCAGGGAAAGAUAUAAGCGUUUAUCAUAAUUGCGGGUUGUCUCCAAAGCAAAUAUACGCCAUAGGCCGGAUCAGUAAAAAAUAUAUUAAUUUAGCAACUACUUUGAAUGAUGGCUAUGCGUCUCAUUUAGCUGAUCUAAAACAGCCGGGCGCUGUCAGAGCCGCUAGAGGUAAUGCUCGGCUUCUUGUACCACGUCGGUUACUCGCGCCUGUCAGCAAUACCGCUGUUAACCGUAAUCGGCGCUAAUUGCAUUUAUGCAGUAGUUUCUUUUUUUUUUUCUUACUAAAAAGUACACUCCUUGAAUGUUGUGCUUAUUGUUAUCGAGUGAGAAUAUUGUUUUUAAAAUUUUCUUUCGAAAUAUCUACAAAAGUUAUUUGAUGUACAAAUUAUUCUGUGUAUAACAACUUCCCAGCUAAUAGACCUAGCAUUAUUAGACGGAUUAAUUGUUUUCAACAUUUUCUUACAGAAGUUUUAUAUUCAUUGUAGAACUACAUACAAUGUUGGUAAGCUAAUGUGCUUAUCAAUUAGUAGUCACUGUGUACCUAACUAUUCAUAAAUUUAAGCAAAAAUAUUGCUUGUUUAAUACCUGUUUUGACUUACAUAUUUUAAGAUCUUGUUACAUCUCUAUUAUAAUAAUUAAUAAUUAGACUACUUUGGUACAUACAGACAUGUUUGGAGGAUAAUGAAUCUCUUUACUAUCAUGAACAAUGCUCUAUCUAGUCUUGUAAAUUCCUAAUUACAUGUAACAUGUACAUAAUUUAAUCUUAUAUUCUGUCGUUUUAGAAUGACGUGCGUUCGAUUCUAAUGCUAAAAAAUGUAAAGAAUAUUAAACUAUUUCGACUACUAUUUCGAAUUUUACAUACAACCGAAUGUCUAUAAUCUCAAUUGUACUUAAUAUUUUAUAAAGUUAUUUAAGUGAAAAUUAUUUAAUAACAUACUUCAUUAAAAUAAAUUUAAAAAGAUAUCAUAUAAUAUCUGAUAUUGUCAUUGUAGCUAUUUUUUUUUCCUAAGAAUUAUAUUAAAUAAUAUUUUAUUAAAAAUUAAGCGC